AGCUUUAUAUUUGAGCAUAUGAUUUUGAACCCUUACAUUUGGGAGAAAACACAAGCGACGGACCAAUGAUUCGAAGUCUUGCUCUACACUGGGCAGCACGAUUCCGACACAACCAAAACCUCCUGCGUCUUUCUUCUUCUUAUGCUUCUCCCGCUACUCUUCAUCAUGCCACUCCCUCUUCUUCUUCCGCUGAGCCCGUUCACAUCACCCCAAACUGUGUUCGAAAAAUAAAGGAACUGGAAGCAAGUGAAUCAUCGACUAGUGGAAAAAUGCUUCGAUUGAGUGUGGAAACUGGUGGAUGUUCUGGAUUCCAAUAUGUUUUUAAUCUUGAUGACAGAAUCAACUCAGAUGAUAGAGUUUUUGAGAAAGAAGGAACUAAAUUGAUCGUUGACAACAUAUCAUACGAAUUUGUAAAAGGGGCAACUGUUGAUUAUGUUGAGGAGCUGAUCCGUUCAGCUUUCGUGGUAAGAGAAUUGCACUUGUGACUGAAAACCCCAGUGCAGUUGGUGGUUGCAGUUGUAAAAGUUCCUUCAUGGUGAAACAGCUGUGAUUUUGUUUCUCCUUUCUGACUCUUCAUACACUGCUCAGAUAUUUCUUAUAACCAAUUUUCGGUUCUUUGUACCACUAAAAGACGAUUCAUUGAACUCAAGGUAAAGUUUAUUUUGUACAAUGCUCAAAGAUGCAGCUGUUCUAGUAAUAGGUUUAUCCAUAUCCAUAAAAGCAAGUAUUUAUAGAUUCUGCGUCCUUUGGUUUGUUAUGCCAUGAUUUUUUCUCUCUCUAAACGCUCAUUCAAUACGUGUAUAUGCUGAUACUGAUAAUAAUACACUACAGAGUUUUUGUUGAA